AUGCUAGAAAGGGAAAUUCACACCAUCAAUCUUCUUGAAAAUGAUAAUUCAACAUUAACACAAGACAAUCGGUGUCGAUUGAAUAAUAUCAUUAAGUGUUACGAAAAAGAAACAAAACAAACCUUUUUGUUCGACCUCAAUAAAUUUGAUUCGAACGCUCCCAAUUAUACACAAAUAAUAAAUGAUCAAUGUUCAGCAUAUGUGGGACUUAUUGCGUUUUUUAAAAAUAUACCGGAAUUUUGUCAAAUAAAUAUUCACGAUCAAAUUAAACUAAUUAAAUCAAAUUUGCGAAUAUUUUCCCCUUUAAAUUUUAUGUUAUUAACAAAUUUUGCCGAAAAUAGUCAAGCACACAACAUAUUAUCUCGAUUACAUAGUAUUGACUUUUAUCAUCAAAUGAAAAAUGUCAAACGGAAACUCGACAUAUUUGCUCAGGAUCCUACAGUUCUUAAAUUGUUACUAAUCAUAUUAGUUCAUACCAUAAGUCUUUUGACAUUAAAUUCAACUGUUGAAGCGAUCUCGGUGGAAACUGUUCAACAUGCUCAUAAAACUCAAAUGUUUUAUAUUGAAUUAUUAUGGAAUUACAUGCAGCAUGCGUAUGGAAAAUUUCAAGCAAUUCUUAUUUACAGUUUGCUAAUUUUUCAAUGUUUAAAUCUUCAGAGUAUGAUUGCAAUGCGCGAUGAACAUAUGCGACGAUUGGUAAAUAUUAGUCACGUAACGCCACUGAUGCAAUCGAUUCUGCAAUUAUCGUUUGAAAAUGACAUUUAA